GUAAUCAAGGGCAGAUAAUUACGAAAAAGAUGGACGUGUGCAGGUGGCAGAUUUCGUGGAUUGUUGGAUUAUUGCUGUUUUUAUCAUAUGUUAUUGGAGAUUUCGACAAAAGAGAUUAUCUAAAGAGAGAACAUACUCUUGUUAAACCGUAUUCAGGAUCAGGAUUUUCUGUACCACUAUGGGACUUUGUAGGAACGACAAUGGUAACAAACAACUAUGUGAGGCUAACACCUGAUUAUCAAAGUAGACAAGGAGGGAUAUGGAAUACCAUGCCCUUAAUGGUAAAAAAUUGGGAGUUACAUGUUCAUUUUAAAGUACAUGGCAGUGGGAAAAAUCUCUUUGGAGAUGGUUUUGCUGUCUGGUAUGCAAGAGAUAGAAAUCAACUUGGCCCUGUGUUUGGAAACAAGGAUUUUUUUGUCGGAUUGGGAAUAUUUUUAGAUACCUACAGUAACCACAAUGGACCUCAUAAUCAUGAACAUCCAUACAUCUCGGCCAUGGUGAACAACGGCACGUUACACUAUGACCAUGACAGGGACGGCACCCAUACAGAGAUUGCCGGCUGUGAGGCGAAGUUCCGAAACAAGGAGUACGACACCUAUGUAGCCAUAAGAUAUCAAGAUGAAACUUUAAAGGUAUCAACAGAUAUAGACAAUGAAGGCAAGUGGAAGGAGUGCUUUAUUGUCCAUGGCGUCAAACUACCAAUAGGAUAUUACAUCGGUGCUACAGCUGCUACUGGGGAACUGGCUGAUAACCAUGAUAUUAUUUCAAUGAAAUUGUACGAGUUGGAGUCUUUAAAAAAGGAGGAUGAUACUGCAGCAUACCAUGGCUUACCCUCUGCUCAGUUCUUUGCUUCUCCUAGAGACCAUAUAGAGGAUCCAAAGGGAGGCUUCACGUCUGGGAGUAUGUCGGGAUGGAAGGUGUUUAUCAUCAUCAUCAUUGCAAUAAUCGGCCUAGCGGUGUGUGGCGUCGUGGGCUACGUGGUCUUCAAUAAAGACGGCGGUUACAAUAGUAAACGGUUCUACUAAGUCGGAACCUAUAAUAGUAGCUCUACCUGAAGUGCAUUAUUUUCCAUUCUGCUUGAGGGGGUAAAAUCCAUCUCUGUGGUGAUUUUUUAUUUUGCAAUACAUGUAACUAUAUGAUAUCUGUUAGGUACUUUCUGUAUCAAAUACAAAUGUUGUCGCUCGAAAAAGUAAAAAUCAUUGUAUGGACAUUCCAGUGCCAGUGUUGAAGUACAAGUUAUAAUAUGUAAAUAUAUGGUCGUUGUAAGCCGUAAAACAUUUUGGAUAUUAUGUAUUAACAUUACAUAUUGUACAUAUACAUGCUGUACACCAAGCCAUUUUUUCUAGUUUCUGUUGUAUAAUCAAAAUAUUGUACAAUUUAGUAAAGUAGAAAGAAAAAUUGAAAAACUACUUGCAUUGUUUAUACUAGUAUGCAUAUACCUAUAUAGUUGUAAUAAUCAAUGUACAUCAUACAUACCUUGCAUGUACAUGUCCUGUAUACGGGGAAAUAUUCGCCCCUGUUUUAUUUUUGCCCCUUUCGCUCUCGUUGUCAGAGGGCAAAUUUAAGACUCGGCGAACUCUUUAUUACAAAUAAUAUCUCUGUUAACACAACUGCAUCUGGGCGAAUUCAAGAUGGGGCAAAACUGUUGGCAUGUGUAAAAGGGCGAAAAUAACCCUGUAUACAGUAUACAUCCAGCAGAAGGGUUUUUUUUUUUUUUACAAUGAUCAUGGAAAUCCCCCCUUUACCUUUACAAGCAGAGUGGAUGACAACUUACUUAAUGAAUCAGUGUAUGUGACAGGAAGUGGUGCCAAUAAAUGUGCUUUGUUAAGUGAUGAGUUCUGGGUUUAGCUUUAUUUGUACUUGAUGUUGGCUUCGCUUGUACCAGAUAUGAUUUUUUGUGUGGAAAACUCAAAUCUAAUCUUUUUUUUGUGUGAUUUCAAUACUGAUUGUAAAGUACACUUAAUGUUUACUACACAUUGCAUUUCAUUACGCAAUCUCUCUGUGUACUGCCUUUGGUCACAAAGUCAAGUUUAAGGAGUAAAGAUGGUGAAAGGAUAGUAAAUUUGGAAUAUGCAUCAUUCAUUUUAAACUAACACAAUUUUUCUUCACUAAGCACAGUUCACACCUUACUGCACUAAUCAUCAUUACUGAUUUAAUUCCAUGUUAUGUAAAUGUAUAUACAGGUAGUUAGGAAUUUAACAAAUUGCAACAACUAUCUAGCCUCUGUUAAAUGAUAUUGAAUUCCACAAUUAUUAAUCAAAUUUUAUCCACCUGUACAUUAAUUAGAGCAUUUCAUAUUUCAUCUCGCUAAAGAAUUGGAACUUUGCAAAGGUUUGAUAUCAAGUUUUUGAAAGACCAAUUUUUCAUUCUCAAUCAAUAUUCAAAAUGGAUCAUGAACUUGUAUUUAACAGAUAGCUGUUUUUGAUUUUCAAGAGAUUAAAACCCUUUUAGGAAUGUAAAUUAGCUAAAAAAUAAACUGUAAAUUAUUUUUUGUCAGAAAUAUUGGUAAAUGUUCAAUAUGCAUGUAGUUUUGUAUUCUGCCUGCUUUUAUGUUGUAGUGAAAUGUUAUCAUGCUAUGCUCAAACAUACCAUUUUUGUAAUGCAUGUAUACACAUGUAUACAAUGUAUACAAUGUAUGUACACAGUGUAUUUAAAAAAAAAGUUUAAUAUAUACUGGCCUAUAAAAAGUCAACCUAAGCUAUAGUAUGCAUGUUUCAAGUAUAGAGGGAGUUAUGGUUUUUUAUGUCCAAUUCUAUUGUUUUUAAUUUGCAUAAGUAAUGUGAAGGAAACGAAUUUGAGAAAUGUACGUGUCCUAUGUUUUUCUGAUUUCUCUCAAAUUGAAUACGUGUAGGAAUUAAAUGAAAGUAUAAAUGCUUUACAAAUUGUAUCUAUUAAAGAUGUCUAAUUUUAUACAUGAAAUUUAAAUGAAUGAAAGAAUCAUAUUGAUUGACCUUUGUGAGAAUGAUUUGAUGAAUAAAUGUUGAUCGUUUUAUAAGU